AUGAAUCUUUGGUAUUGGGUAUUCAUUGCAACGGUAUUGGCAUCUCCCGGUGAUAGGAAUAAGAGAUUCAAACGAUGUGUUAGAGAAUGCGAUAGAUCCAAUUGUCGUGGUUUGGUAACAACAUGGCAUUUCCAACCUUAUGAUCCUUAUUUAUCGUUCCUCAAUUGGGAUUGUUUUCAAGACUGUGAUUAUCAAUGUCAACAAAUAAUAACGAAAGAAAGAAUCCAGAACAACAGAAAGAUAGUUCAAUUCCACGGGAAGUGGCCAUUUAAACGAAUUUUUGGAAUCCAGGAAUUCUUUUCAACUAUUUUCUCCUUAGGAAAUUUAUAUCCUCAUCUCAAGGCAUUCUUUAAACUUAAGAACCACAUAUCUUCCAAUUCCAUCAUUAAUCAUCAUUUGUACAUAAUCAUUUUCUCCAACAUCGUCACUUGUUUGGCAUGGACUGCUUCAACCAUCUUUCACAUAAGAGAUUUCCUCAUUACUGAAAGGCUAGACUAUUUUUUAGCUGGAGCAACAGUUCUUUCAGGAUUUUAUACGGUGUUUUGUCGACUUUUCAAAUUAUACUUACCAGAGAAUUCCCUCAAGUUCUAUAGUUUCACCUUUGGCUGUUUAAGUCUAUAUAUUGGACAUGUAACACGUCUUAUUGUUGAUUGGUCCUAUACUUAUAACAUGCAAGCUAACAUUUUUAUAGCCAUACUUCAAAAUUUGGGAUUAUAUUAUUUAUGUUAUCAAUUGUACUAUCAAUAUUACACAAAACCUCCAAUGAGUAAUCAUUCAAAGUAUACAGGUAAUUUAUUAUUACCUAGUUUUUUCAACCAAUCAUCCAAAUUAUACUGUUUAUAUCCCCUCUUACUUUCCACCAUCAUAGUAUUAGGAAUGUCAUUAGAGAUUUUUGAUUUCCCACCAAUUUGGGAUUUAAUAGAUGCUCACAGUUUAUGGCAUCUUGUUACCAUAAUACCAGUGGUUUUUGGUUGGUAUGAUUGGUUGAUUUGGGAUAUUAAAGAGAACAUAGUCAUUAAAAAGGAUUAA